AGUAGAGUCUAGUUGGGAAGGGAGACAACAACACACACACACACCGCAUACGCGGAAGGAGCACACACUUCUUAUUUCUCUUACAUGCUUAUAAGAGCUGGCGACAACGAAAGCUGCAGCUUCGCCUCACUAUGGCGCUGUGGAUGCAGAUUUCCCAGAAGCUCCCUUAUUUUACCAAUGAGACCCUGGUGGAGCUCUACCCCACAGAUACUUUCCCCAUAGACGUCAGGCACUACCUGGCUAGCUGGAUCGAGGAGCAGAGAUGGGAGGACUUUGACGUGAACAAUCUGGAACAAGAACCGCAGGCUCUCCAGCUGCUGGAGCGAAUGGUGGAGCUUCUGCAGGAAGUGGUGUUCCAAAAUCCCAAUGUGGUGGAGAAGGUCAAGCUCCAGCACAUCUGCAGGAACAUGGGCAUGUUUCAGUCACAGCCUUUGGAACUGGUGAGGACAGUGAGAGAUAUUCUGAGGAAAGAGAGACAGCUGCUUCGACAGCCCAUGCAGAUGUUUCCACAAAUGCCUGCACCAUCGAAUGGUACCCCACAGCGCCCCAGAGAAACCAGCAGCCAUGAUGUGGACAACCUGGUGCUGAAGGUAUUGGAGAUUCAGGGCUGCCGUCAGCAAAUUCACCAGCUCCAGGAAGAGCUCAAUUGGGAGAAGCAAGAAGCAGAGCCCAUGCAGGGCCAGAAUGAGAUGGAGGUCAAACAGCCAGAUCAGGUCACCAAACAGAACCGCAUAGCGCAGCUGGAGUGGAAAUAUCAAGGCUUCACGAAGACGCGCUUGCAACUUCUGCAGGAGGCAGUGUGUAAUCUGGAGCAGUGCCAAACUCGUCUCAUCCACCGUAUUAAGUCUUGGCGCUGGGAGCAGCUUCGCUCCACCAUUGGCCGUGGCUUCGAUGAAAAUCUCCUCCCAUUGCAGACAUGGUGUGAACAGUUGCUGGGUGUGAAUGGCAAUUUGAGACAGGAGCUGAUGUUGGUCAAAAGGGAUCAUGGAAGUGGUGAACACAUCCACAAGCUGGAAGAAAGCCUGAACCGCCUCCUGCAGACUCUCAUCCAAAGCUCCUUGGUGGUGGAGAAGCAGCCCCCUCAAGUGAUUAAGACCCAAUCCAAGUUCUCCAGCACUGUGCGCUAUCUUCUAGGAGAGAAAGUGGCCCCUGGGAAACCGGUGCUCCUGAAGGCACAGAUCAUUACCGAGUCGCAGGCCAGAAACAUAGGACAAGGGCUUAUACCAAAUGAGAAUGUAGGAGACCUGAUUAACAGCACUGCCAUCUUAGAACACAACACAACCAGCAAGAGCACAUGUGCAACUUUCAGGAAUAUGUCCAUCAGGAAGAUCAAGCGUGCAGAUAGGAAGGGCUCGGAGUCCGUAACGGAGGAGAAGUUUGCUUUGCUUUUCACUACAGAAAUAACCAUCACAGGCUGUGACAGUCCUUACAGUGUCCAGGUGAUCUCACUUCCCGUUGUUGUAAUCGUACACGGCAGUCAGGAGAACAAUGCUAUGGCCACCAUCAUUUGGGACUGUGCUUUCUCUGAACCUAACAGGAUCCCGUUCGUGGUGCCUGAUCGAGUGCCUUGGAGUCAAAUGUCUGAGGCUCUGAGCUGUAAGUUCAUGUCCGAGGUGCAGACCACACACGCUUUAGACAGAUGCAACUUACACUGCCUCGCUCAGAAGAUCUUUGACAAGCCCGAUAUUUCAGAGGACUUCAGCAACACACCCGUAUCCUGGGCUCAGUUCAAUAAGGAAGUUCUGCCUGGGCGAAACUUCACCUUCUGGCAGUGGUUUGAGGGAGUGAUUGAUCUGACCAAAAAAUGCCUAAAGGCCUACUGGAGUGAUGGACUCAUCCUUGGCUUUAUUGGGAAGCAGCACCUUCACAUCAUUUUGCAGGACCAACCCAGUGGCACGUUUCUGCUGCGCUUCAGUGACUCUGAAAUUGGCGGAAUCACCAUCGCCUAUGUCGGCCUCAGUGAUUCUGGAUGCAGGAAAAUCCAGAACAUCCAACCAUUCACCAAAAAAGACCUGGACUCUGUCGGCCUUGGCGAUCGUAUUCGGGACAUCAACCUGAUCUCACAUGUAUAUUCAAAUGCACCGGGACGAUCUGCACGACUAACACAAAAGAACGAAGCAUUUAAGAAAUUCUAUACAGUUCCGUCUGCACCACACCCAGAUGGAUACCUGCCAUUCAAGCUCACCACUGUGGUGGAUCAUGAGCAUGGAGCUGCCAUGAUACCUCAGAUUGAAUCAAUGCAGGAACAAUUCCACAUGUCCCAGGAGUCAAUGUUUCCUAUGCAAACUCCUGUCUCUCUCCCUGCGACUCCGUAUGCUUCCUCAUAUCCGGAAACCCCCAUGACCAACCAAGGAGAAUUGUACCCUAUCAUCUACACCAAUAACAUGGAUUUUAAUUACCAACAAUAAAAGAAAAAAAAAAAAAAAAAACAGCUGCAAAUAUCAGAUUUGGUAAGUUGGAACCCCUUUUUGUUAUCAGGACACCAGAACCACCAAGUAACAUGGAGCUGGAGGAAAUUCUCUCCAAUUUGAACACUCAGUUAUGAUACGAAAGACUGCAGCCUGCAGGAGAAGCCCAGCGCAGAACCGGAAGCAGAGCAUUAUGUGCGAAAAAAAAAACAAAACACACAGACAUGCUUUGGGGCAUUGAAUGAAUUAGUAAGCUCCCUGGGGAUGGAACCUGGCUCAUCUUCGUUGUAUCAAGGAUAUCUAGUGGCCUGCUACACUAAGGAUGUACAGAACAGUGCGCACGCUUUUGCCUGAACUUUAUUUAUCACAUCUGUGAUAUUUAAGUUUGGGUUGUAUAUGCAGGCUUAAAGGCACGUUUAAGAGGAAAUUUCCAUUUAAAUAAUAUAAAUAUAUAAAUAUAAAAUAUAAAUAGUAAACGAAAACUGAAUUUGUCAUAACAGUAGCCUGUGGUAAAUGUGGAUGUGAAUAAUCAGGCCGAAUGGUGGCUUUCUGUUGUCCACACUGGGCGUGGUGUGACAUAAAUAAAUACUCAAAAAAAUCGCUUAUAGUACCUUUAAGCCUGUAAAUGGUGUGAUGGUAAAAACCAAAGACAGUCUUUCUAUGCUUCUUAUUUCUUUCGUCUAAUAGGAAGGAAGUUAUACAUACUCAGCUCAGCUUGCACAGUUUCUGUCAUAUGCCAGACUUCCUUAAGGCCACAGUGAGGAAUUCGUAAUGUCAUCUUUCAUAGUGUUUACAAAAAAAGGGCUAAAUCAGGAUUUGUAUUUCACUGGCUGUUGGUUUUUAAAUUCCUUUACAUGUAGUCAUUUGGCAGACGCUCCUACAAAAUGUGCAAUACGAACGACUUGAAGAAUCUGCACGAUUUUGCAAUCAGAGACUAAUGCCAGUUUAUACAUGUCCUAGAGUGAUUAAGAAAACCUACUACUUCUACUAAAGGUUUGCAUGUGGUCAAACUUGAUACACUCUGGGGGGAAAAAAUUGCGAUUACUAACAUGGUCUACUGGGGAUUGUGCUGUUCAUGUAAGCAAAAUACCAUGUGUUUUCAAGUUUACCGUAAUGAAUAUGCAGUUUGGGGCAUUGUCUCUCAGAGUGAAUUUAUUUAUCAGCCUUAAUGUGAUUACCUGCAGACUGAAACUAUACCACAGGUAUUAAAUUUGCUUGCACUAUGCCUUAGUAUGUUGGCAUAUAUAUACACACACACACAUGUAUAUAUGUGCUUAUAUAUGUACAUAUGUAUGUAUGUGUGCUUAUAUAUAUUAUAUUAUACACACACACGUAUACAUAUAUAUACAACUGUUUUUUUUUUUUUUUUUUACACUUGAUGCACACUCACUCAUACAUGUACCAAGAUUCAGUUUUACUUUAUUUUUGCUUCUGGGAGUGUCUAUCAAGAAAAAUAAGCACACGGAAAAAUGUGUCACAGGUUGACAUCAUUUAGGCAAGAGUUCUUUGAAAAUCACCUGUAAUAAGCUUACUAACUACACAUGCAGUUGAUUCUGUUCUAAGUAAAUGAGGGCAUACAAAACAGUUCUCUCUAUGAUAUUAGAACAAUCAGUGUUGGUCUUCCACUUGUCUGAUAUAAAAUUCCUGACUGUGGCUUUAAGCAAGCAUUCAUUCCUUUCAUUCUCUUCAUCCCUUUUCCUCUUUGGCAUGGAUGUGCCACGUCAUAGUAUAAGGGCUUUAAUGAUUGUCACAUAAAAGGUAUUCAGAGGCACUAAACUUUGUAGAGUUGGUAGUCAGUAACUCUGAUCUUGGUGCUCCUGGAAUGGCUCCUAUGCCAACGAGGUGGAUGUUUUUCUGGUGGUCUGGGAAAACCCUUUGGCUGUCUGGAAAACAGACAGAAAUUAUGAAAAAUUGUUUUUUCUGCCAAUAAUAUGCUUUGACAGAUCUUCUUUAAAGGAGUAAAUAUAUGUUUACCAAAAUGAUGUGGAAAUGUUUUUAUUUAGAGUAUUUUCCGUUCUUGCCUUGGUGUCUACCUGAAGAGAACAUUCUGGGUGAGAAGUCAGUUUAACAAACAUAGCAGUGUAUGGAGUCAGUCUCGUAAAGAGGUUUAAAACCCUGCUAGCUGUGUCAUUUCCUCACACGACAAAUGUCACGCUUUGAUCAAGUUGUUACGUAGCUGUGUGCCGAAAUGAAUCGGACAUAAGCCUGAUCAAUUCAUUCUGUAAUCAGAUUCCAGCUGUCACAAUGUCUGACGCUCUUGCGCCAUCAUGUCAUCAUCAAAACAGAGAAGAGCACUUACACACUGUACAACACAUGACAGCGGACAAAGUAGAAAUGUUUAAAUGGACUACAAGACAUUAAUACCGAAACAGAACUGAGAAUUAAUCAGCGAUAUUUUCACCACUGAGGUUAGCGUGAACAGAGAUCAGUCGAGUGGAGCGAUGACAAUGAGGCUUGUAUUUAAUCAAAUUGAGAUAGCUAAUGCCCCAUUGUAAACCUUACUGUUCUUUGCAAUUUGUCAGUGAUAGUUUGUCUAUGGAGCAGAAUAUUUAAAUGCAGUUUUCUAAAAAGAGAAGUGAGAAGAGAUGUGUUUCGGUUCAUGAAAUCUGUUUACAGAACUACGUAUAGUGUAUACGUAUACGUGAAGGGUUUUUCCCAGGCCGCCACACAUUUAAAUUCUAAUUCUCCAGGUCGAGAUUUGUCAGGCAGUUCCGUAACUUCAGUGUCUUUAUCACCUCCAUUUAGUCAAAUAAAAAUGGCUUCAAUUCCUGACAACAGUGUCAAAUUUGAUGCAUUUCCUGCAUUCUCUGUCCUCUAGCACACUUUCAAUUGUGGUUUUCAUUCCUUACUUUCAUUCCUUUUUGGGACAUUUGUAAUAUUCAGUAUUUACAAACACAAAGUGCUACUCUGCGAAUAUAAUAAAAUUCACUCAUAAUAAAAGUGACGGUAUAUGAGCAGAUAUAAUCUAUGCAGUAGCUCUAUACAACCUAUCUGUACUUUUAUCAUUUCUGUCUUUAUAAAGGGAUUUAUGUAAGAAAUGUUAAUAAGCUUGGACUUGUUCAUCCAUAGGCUAGAUCAGGGGUGUCCAAGGGCUGGAGUGGGUGCAGGUUUUCAUUCCAACCAAGCAGGAGGCACACCAGAUUCGACCUGUUUAAUCAGUUGAUCUUAUCUUUCAGUAGAAUCAGGUGUGGCUUCUGCUUGGUUGGAAUCAAAACCUGCACCUACACCGGCCCUUUCCCGGUAAGAUCGAUCACCACUGGGCUAGACUCAAUAACCAAAAUCUUCAAGGUGCAUGUUCUGUCUUACACACAUACACGUGUUUCAUAUUAAGGGGACCUUUAAUCAUAAUGCAGUGUUUUACGUGUAGCCUUACAUGUAGUCUUUUUUUUUUUUGUCUUUUUUUUUUUUUUUUUUUGAUUAUUAUUACUAAAUCUGAAAAAAAUCAUGUCCUUUCUGUUAAGAAAUGUGAUAUUACAAUGUAAUAAUACUGUUUUGUUUUUUGUUUUUUGUAAAAUAUUCAUUUGUGCCAUGAGUGAUUUGUAAAGAGGAAGCGUGGAGUCAAAAUGAAAUGCAAAUAAAUAUCUACGUGGA